AGACGAAGACAAAGCCCACCACCAUGCAAUCGGGUAAAGUGUCAGGUUGGAAGCUGGAGUGUUUGGAGUUCUUGCUCCCAUCAUUGUGGAACGAGUGGCACGCAAAAUCGCAGGCGACAAAAAACUUCUUCCACGCAGUGCGGUGGACAAUGUCCAUAUGAUUUGGUGGUGUGGCGAUCUUGUAACAGGGGUAACUGCCAUGACGGCGGCACCCCGAAUAGUGGCGGAUGUAGUUGCCGAUUGGGAUACGAAGGAACAUGUUGCCAGAAAGGUGAGUCUCCUUCCUGAAAAAGUUGGCGUAUUCAGGCAGCAAAAUGGACCAAUUCCUCGGAGUGAGCAUCUUGAAGAAGUUAGUUUAGACUAUUUAGAUUCAUAAUUUGCGAUACGUUGAUCCUUUAUGGUGUACAAUUGCUUCCAAAACGCGUGUUUAUCUAUCUUACUAAAUCGAGUUUUCGUAUACCUCUUCGGCCGUAUAGCAUUCUGCUGUUUCAGAACUUAGUUUGUUAUGAGUAAUUGUUGUAAAUAUAAUCUCCCAGAAAUUUCCAUGCUGACUCAUGCUGACUUGUAUACCAUAGAACUUUCCAGAACAUUUCAUCAAGUCACGUAUUUAUCAUGUAAUCCUACUAAAAUAGUUCUUACGUAAGCUUUUAAAAUGAUCCAGAACACUUUGUGAAUAAAUACAUAUAAAGACUCGCUUACAUGGUAGCAUCCCAUCACAUCACAUUACCAUUAUUUCACCUCGAAUUUACAAGAGUAGCUGUAUAGCUAAUUGAAAUAAACAUGAAAUCGUAUAUUAUAUACAGUAUAUUAACUACAAUCUACAGUGGUUGUUAUCGUCGGAGCGACGACUGUUUCGAAAGCUAUACCGAGAGAGAGUUACUGCGAAAGAUUUCUCAUUUCAAGGAACUUUGGGAGACAGCCGUGAGAUUGUGUCAGUGGUGAGCUAAGAUAUAGACUGUGGUAGGCGUAAUUAAGUUUAUUGACAGUAAGUAUUGUACUACUUUUAGAAGUCGCUCCUUGUUAAGAACAUUACUCGCUGUUUAAUAGAGUAGUUGUUUUUGUGGAAUUGAAGCGUUUUUCUGUCGGUAAGAUUAUACCGUAACAGGUUCAAAUUAUCGCAUAGAGAUCCUUUUGUCCUUUGGAAGGACGAAAAUCGUAUGCCUGUUUGUUUUCACCAAGCCAUACAUUCUACAGCCUUUUUUGACAAGGUUGAAAAGGGUAACAGAUUUCAGUGAAUCACGUUACAACGUGAUUUUUGUUCUAAAGGGUAUAUUCUUACUGUGAUGUUGCCCCAGGAAAACUCUUGGAAAGUUUUGGAAUUUAAUAAACUUGAAGAAAAGACUGUUCAGCUAUUUUAACUAUUUAGGAAAAACUCCAAGCAAUUCAAGGGUAUCUAUCAGGACUGGUAAACAUUCGGACUCCUGGAAGAGUGGAAAACGCAUUAAAUGGACAUUCCCAGCCAAGUUACUUGAAUUCGAGACCAAUAAGGAAUGAAGUUAUCAAAUCGGUAUUUUUUCUGUGUCAAAUAAAAAACCAGAACACGCCAUCAAAGUUGACUUUCUUUCCCAACACUCGAAAAUAAACAAGUCAUUCUUGGUUUUCUUUAAGGCGAAACAACUCCAUUAUUGUCCACGAUCGUUCAGUUGAGAUUGCUAGAUAUCAGCCUUGGUUUCUUUUUUCCGUCUUUAUGUACCUCAACUUAGCGUCGGUCCAUGAAAACACAAGAAGAAGAGACCUCGACUAAUAUCCAGCCAUCUUGACCUCACGCUUGAUCAAUAACGCAUUUCUAAUUUAUGAAAUGGAAACUGGUGUUUUUAAUUUUACUAUUUCUUUACGAGAUACAAGUAAUUUGCAAGUUUUCGCUCAUGAAUUGAAGAUCUGCAUAUUUCCUUUUUACUGUAUUUCAACAGACGUUGAUGAGUGCAUCAACAAUCCAUGCCAACAUAGCUGCAUCAACACACAUGGCAGUUACACAUGCAAAUGCAAUUCUUGCUACACCAAGCUGGGUACACAAUGUGACUUGAGGCAGUGUAAGAUCAAUAACCACUGUCACGCGUAUGGUACAGUUAACCCUAGCAAUCAGUGUCAGGUAACAUUUCUAUUACUGUAUAACUUUUUAUACGUAUUGUUCAUCGGAUAGAGGGAGAGAAAUGUAAUUUAUUAGCGUGGGAUAACAUCUUGAUAAAAUCUAAAAGCUUCAAGGAAAACUUAUGACGUCCACAAGGGAAGAUUUAAUUGUAAUUUUUGCACUAAAAGGUCAACACAGGUCAAGACUGCCAGACGUUAUAUAGUAAAGAAUACAGUUUCACUGAUAACUCCUGAAAAUGCCUAUUCUCCCUAAAACUGUUACUGGAAAAAUAUUACCCUCUCUAUCUUGCGAUUAAGUCCAUGAACUCCUCAGUGUUUCGCUUGCCCGCUAAACAAAGGUAACCAACUUCUUCGUGAUUCAACUGAUUAAUGUUACUGAAUCGUGUUUUGUUGUUGGAUAGGAUUGUAACGACUGCAACAAGUUCACCUGGACAAACAACGAUAAUUUACCAUGCGCCGACGGCAUAGCGUGCACUAUAAACGAUCGCUGUUCUAAUGGGGUUUGCUCAGGCACGCCUUUCUCGUGUCUCACGUGCGUGGAGUGCCACAAUGACGUGUGCCGCGUGAAAACAGGAUACUGCGUAAUCAACGAAAGCGGUAUACGACAGUGUUUCGAUCACGGUUCACUAAGACCAGGUCAUCAAUGCCAGGUAAUAUGGUUGGCAGCCUCGUGUCUUUCAUAAAAUUAAUAUAGAACUUCCUGUAGGAAUAACAAUGAAGCACUGUGGGAAGAAGGAAAAAUAUGCAUGAAUACUGAAUCCUCUUGUGGAGACCAAAUGAAGGGAUGAUAUUAUUGACUAUGUAUAAGAGGGCGAAUAGAGGAAGGCAAAAUUUAUCAAUCAGAGUCACAUGGAAGGUCGGUUUGAGUUUCAGGUUGUAAUUUUUUUGCAGAUGAAACCAUCGAAAUGCUAUUUCUCACACACAAAAAAGAAUAUACUAAUAUAAUAAUAAUUCAAUAAUUUAUAGACUUAUAUUGCGCAAUUAUCAAUAUAAGAAUUUUCAAUUGCGCAUUACAAUUAAAUGUUAAAAAUUAAACCCUAUAUAGAUACUAAAAACUAAAAAAAUAAUAAAAAAUAAAUUAAAAAAAUAAUUUAAAAAAUAAUAAUGAUAGUAAAUAAAAAUAGAAAUAAAAAUGUUCACUAAGAAGAUCUAAAAAUAUGAAUCACUUUGACGAAGGGCUAACGCUCGAAACGUCACCUUUAGAAACUCUUUCGUGUAAUUAUAACCAGAAUUAUUAUGAGUUGUUAAAAUGAUAACAUAUACACAAAUGAUACUUGUUUUAUUCAUGCUACUCUUGAUCUUCUUAGGAAUGUGACAGUAACCACAAUGAUAGAUGGACCAACAACAAUAACCUUAAGUGCAACGACACUAAUCUGAAGACAAAAGACGACCGCUGUUUGAGUGGCACGUGCGUGGGAACGCCCUACAACUGCCUGUCCUGUAAAACACAUGACGGCAGCGGCUGUCCAAUUGAGCCUGGAUAUUGCAUAAUACAACAGGAGGGGCAAAGAAAAUGUUACAACGAAUCACUUCAAGCCAGGAAAUCCUUGUCAGGUACGCCACCGUUCAGAAUAAGACUUUUGUUUGUUUGUUUGUUUGUUUGUUUACGAUCAAUUGAAAUGAAUAAUAUUUUGAACAGUGAAUAUUAUUUAAAAAAAGAAAUGAUCCGCAAAGGUGAGCUGCAAUAAAAGAAAUUGGAGAGAGAAAGUUAAAAAAAAGGCUUGGAAAGGACUUGAACUUGUCCACAAACAUUAUAGAUACGAUAGACCUUCGCGGGUGUCCUUCGCCAAAAAAAAAAAGGAUUAACGCACUAUUUGAAGUAUGAUCCCUCAUAAACUAUAUAUCAAUGGAAAUGUUAUGAAAAAAAAUUGGAAUUGCUAAUAUUUUCCAAUUUGUAUCUCAAUCUUAACGUGAAUCAAUCUGAGAAGAUAAUGGAGAGACCAUUUGUUCUGCCUGAAAGGCUCAAUCAAGCUCUUGGAUUUAAUAUUCUGUUUACAGAGAUGCGACACUAGUAAAAAUGUAAGUACCUGGUCAGACAAUGAUGGGGUAGCGUGCAACGAUGGUGACCGCUGUACUCGAAAUGAUAAUUGCAGUAAUGGUAAGUGUAGGGGCACACUUUUCAGUUGUAACUCUAUAUGUCACUACUGUAAUGGGAACAGUUGUGGCCUAAAGACUGGG